AAAAAAAAGAGGCUCAACUUGAUGUUGGAAUCAACUGCCCCCAGUAGUCUUUCAUAAAUGUGAAGUCUGCAUUUUAUUUCCGUAGGCCUACGGUGUAUAUUGUGUGCCCAGCAAUAAAUUAAUUAAUUAAGAUUCAAACAAUAUUUUUCUGGAAUUGGUAUCCAUGGUUAUAAAAUUCACUUCUACUGCUUUACUGCGUUUCUCAUGCGUCUUUUCGUAGAGUCGGUAAACUUCGUCGGCAAACUUCGUCGGCGGCCUGUUGCUUUAAAUAUUGUCGCCGUGAAGGAUUAUGGGAUACCACUAUUUUUAAACAGUUGGCCCCCUUUCUGAACGACUCUGGAAACUAAUUUCCAAUUAAUUUCACGGCGCCCCAUUCUGACGUUUCAGAAAAUCCGUGUAGGCCUGCAAAGAUUAUUAAGACUAAGCGAACCCACUGCGAUAUGACCAUAAAACGUUUGAUACAAGACUUUGUACAUCGUUAUUUUGAUGAUGGAACUACGCAUCGACGGGUCUCAGAUGCUAGGUAGGUAGUUGGCACCAUCUCCUGGUAAAAAGCAGAAUUACACUUCAGAUACAGACUACGUUGUGAUGUGGUAUCUAGGCAACCUCUUGUAUCAUGAGCAGAGGGUACCUCCCACAACAUUGGAUAUGCUUCUUUUACCUUUAUCCUAGCAUAUUUGAAACGUAGUCAGUUGAACAUAUCUCUGCGGGGCGAACACUUUAUUAUUGACCCUAAGAAAAAUGAUCGCAGAGAAAUUUACUUUUACGUGCGACCAGUUGUCAUCUCACCGGCAGAUAGCGUGCUCUCCGACUCACUGUGUCACACCACAUGGAGGCAAAGACCUGCUCUGUUACAACCUGAAAGACCUUAACCAGGAGCCCCUGGCAUUAACGGGCCACCAUGGUGAGAUCUCUGCGAUGGUGUUCGGGAGACGUGACACGCAGGUCCUACUCUGCUCUGCCUCUGCUGAUUACAUCAUUGUGUGGAACAUUGAGCUCUGUCAGAAGAGAGUAGACGAUGGCUUAAUUGCAGCUGGAACAGUAAUCGGUACCUUACUGGGUGAUGUGGUCUACCUUGCCUUCUGUUCCUCUGGGGAGCGGGUAGCAGCAUGCACUGGAAACAGAGUCAAUAUACUGAGCUCACAGCAGGGGGAGCUGGUGUGUACCCUGUCUGCUCACCUGGGGCCCCUCACCGCAGCAGAGUUCUGUCCCUGGGACGAGGAGAUUCUGGCCACCACCUCAGAGGACCGCUCCUUUAAGGUGUGGGAUCUGAAGGCAGAAGCGGUUUGCUAUCAGUCUUUUGUAUUAUCAGCAUCUCCUUUGAUCUGCUGUAUUUUUGUGGAGAAGAGCAGGCAGUUUAUAGUGGGCUCAUCAGAUGGACAGAUAUGGUGUUUUUCAAUCCCUAUUGACCACAACUGCCAUCUGGUGGCCAAAAUGGACAUCGACAAGAUGUAUAAAAGGUAUCUCAGGCAGCAGGAGACAAUAACACAACAAAAAGAAGCAAAACCAAGCGAUCAACAGACAGUGGAGACCACUAAAGCAGUCCUGAGCAUGGCUGUCUGCCUCCCGUUUGAUGACAUUCACGAUCACACGAAAGGGCAACGCAGCCUGCUAUGGAUAGGGAGCUCAGACGGUCUGUACCUGGUGGACCUUGACACCUCUGACCUGCUCACAGCCCUCUGUUUCAGAGACGACCCAGCGCUGAGCGUAGCCAUGGCAGGCUGCUGGUCCAUCUCUUCAGGGGCCGAGGGCCAGAUGUUGUGUUUGGUGAGUUCCCUCUUUACGCCUACGGUGGCUCUGUUGGAGGUAAGGCCUACCGACGCCGUGCUGGGCCUGUGUCAGAGCCCGGAGAAGGCCUUGGGAAGCUGGAGUGAAGGCCUAUCGGUGAUUCAAAGCUCUCCUGCUCUGUCGGGAUCGCCUCUGAACGCUGACUUGAAGAGGAAGGAGCCAAAUCGUCCCGAAAGAAAAGGAGGUGUGAAGGAACAGCCCCUGGUGUUCCAGACCAGGGUCAAGUCCUCAGGAUACAGCAGUUCCCCACGAAGGACCAUGUUCUCACCCAAGACGAAUGUGGAAAAUCGCCCCAAGGAAACUCACAGAAGGAAAGUAGGCCCUAUCCUGAGAGAUUAUCCGACAGACGGCCGAGCACCGAGCGUUCCCCAUCAGCUGCUACGUGUCGCUAACGCACCAGUCUGCAGCAUGCAGUACUCAGGUGAUGGAAAGCAGAUCCUGUGUGGUCUUGGAGACAGUUCUGUGUUUUCAUACAAGUCCAACCUCACUGGCAGCCCGGCUGUCUAUACAGGUCAUAACAGCGCAGUGAGCAGUGUGGACUGGAGCCACUGCCGUCAGCGGUGGCUCAGCGCCUCCAGGGACCGAACGCUGAGAGUCUGGCCCUCUGGAAGCUCGGAGCCUGCCAUCACUCUGGGCGGGGACAUGCUGUCCCAUCCCAUUAGCGCUGCCCAGUUUUACUACCUGGACAAGUUCCUGCUGCUGGCCUGUGGGGACUCCCUGCUCCUCUACCUCUAUCACGUGGACAACACCCACGACGACAUCAAGAGAUACAAGCAGAGGAGCGUCAUCAAGCUAGCCGCGCGCUUCAGAACAACCACGGCCACCGACAUCACCGCCCUGUCCGCAAUCAACGACUUCUACUCCCACCUGGUCUUGCAGUCCGGAGCGGACCGAUCCCUCCAAGUGAUGGACAUGAACCAGGGCAGUGUGGCGUCCGAGUGGCCUGACGCCCACAGCAGAGCCAUCCACUGUAUCGCACAGAACAAGGGCUCGGCGUUCGCCACGCAGACACCUGACUCCCACAACCUCUUCCUCACCAGCGCGGUUACUGACGGCAUCAGGCUCUGGGAUCUCCGCACGCACAGGUCGACUCCUGGCCUCGCGAGCUGUCGUCUCUGA